AUUUAUCAAAGCGCAUAUUAAUGCUAUACACUCCGGACUAUUGUAAAGUCCCACGUGGACUCUUCCCUCUGCUUGACUUGACGAGCUUUUUCUCCGCUCGCGCCGAUCUGCAUAUAGCGUGCGUAAAGAUGUGCGUCGUUUUGUGCGUAAAGUUGUUGCUGCACACGUUGCACGGCGAAAUAAAGAUAUCACCGCUUUAUUUAUGAUCCUUACAAGUUUAAUAGUGGCGACAUGCAUGCUCUGGCGAGACACUCUGUUUUGUAAUCGCAUAAUCAAAGUCGGGGAAAUUGCUGUUUCAUAGCCGCGCACUCUUUGUCCACCGCAACAAAGGAGAGAGGACUGUAUAUAUGGAUCAACUUUUUACGAGUUUUAUCGUACAAUAACCUUUGCAUAACAACUAUUUUUCUGAAGCGUUGCCCGAGGCACUGCGCAGGCGCGCUGGCUGUUCGCUGUCACUAAGACAUUUUUCUUCACGCUGGAAACUGUCACUGGUGACGUCAAUCACGGAGCGCUGACCAAUUAGAGCGCAGGAUGAUUGUUUAGCUCCACGGGCUGCAGCGCCUACCAUGAAUCUCUAUUCAGUAUCAAAGCGUCCUGCUGCUGCCUCUCAACCGAAUGGGAUUCCAUGUAGUCUGCAGAUAGACCUAACUUCAUGAAGUUUUUUUUUUCUUCUUCUUUAUUUUUCAUUGCGAUUAAAAUAUAUUUAUCAUCAUCAUUAAUAUUUUGCCCGCUGUCAAGUUAUUCUAAAAUUAGGAAGUAAUGAGCGUGGAUGCAUUGGGAAGCCCCGUGAUGGACCCUACGUUUUCCAAACGGAACACGGCGCUGAGAUUAGUUGACUUGGCAGGGGCUCACCACCAUCACCAUCAUCACCACCAUACCCCUCCGAGCGUGACAGGCUUCCCGGGGUUCAGCAGCCAUCCACACUCAAUGGCUCACUCGCACCCUGGGGAGAUUACUGCGGAACCCCGCCUGGGGCCGAGUCCAUUCGGGCCAGAACACAUGGGGCACUCCGCGGCCCUCAAAAUCAGCCCAGCCCAUCAUUAUCCCCACCACCAUCACCACCACCACCACAAUCAUCAUAUGGCAGGCCACAGUGAAGUGGUCUCCAGUCAAACGGGAGCUUUUGGCCCGGUUCAGGCGACAUCGGUCCCCUACUCCAUGUCUCACACAGCCCAGGCUUUAUCCGCAGGUAGGGACUUCCUCAUCCGGAGAGAUCUGACGGCUCAAGCCAUGCCCGUGCUGACUGACCAGACGGCUGGUUCAGCCUCUCACCACGGAAUGUUUGUCUCGACAACAGGUAGCUAUCCCGGACACUAUGGCCAUCUCCCCGACGCUGGGAACCAUGCCCUCUUCUCCGGACUCCAUCACGACCAGCCUUCUAGCGGAUCACCGGGUGGCCAGGCGUUGAAUGGACAAAUAAGGUUAGGACUACCUGGAGAAAUGUACGUUCGGUCUGAUCACUUGAGUCAAGUGGCAAGCUCCAGGGCUGAUCCGUUCUCCGCCUCGCCGUUGCAUGGUUACGGCAGUCUGAAUCUGAACAUGAAUCUCAGCGCUCACCACCACCACCACCACCACGGAGCCGGCGCCUUUUUCCGCUACAUGCGGCAGCCGAUAAAGCAAGAGCUGAUUUGCAAGUGGCUGGAGCCGGAGCACUCGCCGAAGAAACUUUGCUCGAAAACUUACAGCACCAUGCACGAACUCGUCACGCAUGUGACGGUGGAGCACGUCGGAGGACCGGAGCACGCGAACCACAUUUGUUUCUGGGAAGAGUGUCCGAGGGAAGGCAAACCGUUUAAAGCCAAGUACAAACUCGUGAACCACAUUCGAGUGCACACCGGAGAGAAACCCUUCCCGUGCCCGUUCCCCGGCUGCGGGAAAGUGUUUGCGAGAUCCGAGAACCUUAAGAUUCACAAAAGGACGCACACAGGUGAAAAGCCCUUCAAGUGUGAGUUCGACGGCUGCGACAGGCGCUUCGCCAACAGCAGCGACCGGAAGAAGCACUCGCACGUCCACACCAGCGAUAAGCCCUACAACUGCAAAGUGAGGGGCUGCGAUAAGUCCUACACGCACCCCAGCUCCCUGAGGAAACACAUGAAGGUGCACUGCAAGUCCCCCCCUCCCAGCUCGGGCUACGAGUCGUCCACGCCGUCCCUGGUCUCCCCCUCCUCGGACCUGGGCCGGGAGCCAGGGGGCUCCUCGGUGCUCUCGGAGCCGGUGGGAGCCUCCCAGCCGGCGAAUCUGAGUGAGUGGUACGUGUGCCACAGCUCCGGUGCCAGCGGUGCCCAGACACCGCCCAGCGGGGCCUCCACCCCGGACCCCACGGACGAGCCGCCGUACAGACACCCAGAACCGAGGGACGCGUUCUAGCCCCCAACCGGGUCUACAGAGCGCCACUCCAGAGGUGACAAGAACACGUUGUCACGAGCUGAACUGUUGUAAAUGGUUCUGCGUCGGAGCCUGUGGGCCUGUUGAAGGCCCACUGCCACCCCCUUUUUUUGGGACGAACCGCCAAACAGACACCCUGAGCCAAGAGACGCAUUCGAACCACAUAAGAAGGAAAAUGUGCAAACGUUAAAGACGUGCUAAUUUCCAGGCACAAUAAAAGUAUAUAUUUUCAAACCUCAGUUAUUCCGCCCCGACGGCCCACAGGUCCACUUGUGGAGAGAGUCGUGUGAGCCCCUCAGAAGUGGUGCAUUAUUGUAGGCUGUAGGCAUGUCGGUGUAAAAAAAUGUUUUUUUUGUAAAAAUUUGACUAUUGACUUCAGUAUGUUUUUAUUUAUUUUUCAAUCUGAUACCGAAGGAUGCUUUUUUUGUAUUAUCGAACCAAAGUGCAUGUUUCAAAUUAGGACACAACUGUACAUUUGUAAAUUUUGUAAGUUUUCGAUGUGUUGAUGUUGAUAGUUUUUUGUGAGGCUCUUGUCUCAGAGAAGGUUCUUCGCUGGUUAUUUGUACAAACGUUUCCCCUCCCACCCCCCACCCAUCUGUGCUGAGGGUCAACUGUUUCAGAAGCCUGCAGUAUUUGAUAUACAGCCGUGAAAUUCUAAAUGUUUUUAUCAAAGUGGGAAUUUUGUGAUUUUUUUGUAUAAUUGUCGUCAACUUCCCCCCCACCAUUUUUGAAUAUCUGAAAUCGAGCGGCACUCGAAACGCGUACCGAAUUGCCUUGUCAUUUGUGAGUAUUUUAAAUAAAUCUUGUAUGACAAAAAAAAAGAAGUGAAAACGCUGCUGAGCCAUUUGGGGUUCAUAAAUUUUGAAGUAUCGUAAAAAUGGGAAUAUGUGCAACAUUUCUUUUAUGCUACUUUAAAACGUGUCUAUA